AUGGACUACCGACGACUACAACAGUCAUACCCGCCACGGCCCUCGCCUUUGGGAGCCUCGCAAGGACCUCGCGAUCCACGACAGUUCGCUGGGCCUUUUACCGAGUCUCUUCAACCAGAGAACGAUAAGCCUCGCCCGUACCCUUCUCCCUCUUCGACCACCACGCCCUCUCCGUCACAGCUCUAUCAGUCAACCGCUUCACGGAAUACUUCUCGUGGGGAUACUUCCAGCGCAUACUUCCCGAGAAAUGGCCCAACACAAGCACACCGUCGGCAUGGGAGUCUUGAGACGAGGAAUCAUGAACAAACACAAGCACACCGUCGGCAUGGGAGUCUUGAGACGAGGAAUCAUGAACAAACACAUCGCAGGAAUAAUUCACAACCUCAGGCUGUUCGAUAUCGUGAAGGGCUCUUAGGUGCUUCCGUUAUGACUACGCCAUCACAACACGAAACAACGCGUCGUACUUCCCAGGGCAGUAGUGGGAGUCCUGGAUUUCCUGGUCCAAACGAACAGUCCGCACCGCCGGUAUUUGGAAAUCGCCAGAUGCCGCCCCCGUCUCCUCCACACUCAUAUUCCUCGCGAGCACAACCAACCCACGCGCCUGGGGGAUCUUUGAUGUCGCGCGAUGUACCAAACGGUCAGGCGUACCGACCGGGCAGCAGCAUGUCGAUUUCCGCGAUGUUAGGCUCGGACCCGGAUCGACCUGCGCGAGAACCUGCACGGGAAUCUGCGCCGUUCUUUUCGCGACCACCUGCAUCGUCAAUAUUUGCUAACGCACCCCCAUCAUCGUCUUCCGCCGCUAUGUCCCCACCCACUGCCCCGGCAAGACCUUCCCCACUCGAUAACUCUUUCUUCCGUCGUUCACACACACCGGAGAAGUCAUUCUCCAAGCCUCAAGGCGCCCGUACGUACCGGUCUGGGUCCGGUGGAGGUUCCAGUCUGGGUGGAGAGCAGUCGGUAUUCGGAGGUUUGACGCGCUCGUCGCUCUCACAGUAUCCUGAGAAGCCACACUCUACGCAUCCUUCGCCUCGAAUGUCCACGGCAGAGCCAUCGUACAACGAACCUCGUCGCAUGAGUCUUAGCGGUCCGAUCGCGCGGCCCAGUAGUCAGCCACCCCAUGCAGACGCGCCUACACGACCCCCCGGCUACAGUCCGAUCUCCCAGCCCGGAGGGGUUGCGGAUCGCCCCUUGGAGUCCGGCCCUCGGCCUGCAUCUGGGUCGUACGGAAACCAUGAUCCACAACAUGGUCGGUUUGCAAACAUGUUUGGUGAGCGGCGCUCUGAGGAUACUGCACAACGGGAGCGAGAACGAGCCACAGCCCAUGGAUCCGAUGCCAAGUUGACCCAGCCUGGAUCAUAUCGGUAUGGCUCCCACUACAGUGAACGUGACCCGCUCGAUCGUCACCAGAGCGGCUCUACAUGGGACCACGGUCGCUCCCACCCUCCAUCGCCGGAAAGUAAGCGCUUCCCUGCACCUGAGCAUGGGUCGAGUUUCGGGUUUGGGGCCAUUCAAAGCUACACUAAAUCACUGGGGUCGCAACCGGGUGGGAAUAGACAAUCUCAGUCAACCAACCCCCCGCCGUCCAAUGAUCCAUAUCUCAGACACCAAGGGCAGCCUCCGCGGGUAGGCUCAACACCUGCUAUCUCCGCAUCGACAGCUGCCGCAUCAUCGGGUUUAGCAGCCCUGGCCGAUGAGGGCCGACGCAAAGGAAGCGAGGAGCUGCUCCAUCAUCGCAGCCUGCUGGCCGUCGGUGCUGAUGGGAAACGUGGUGGUCGUGCGUCACCCCUUCCCCAGGCUGUACAAGGCGCUCAAGCUCCAUACAUCGGCCCCGCUGGAGAACCAGCGAUCAAGAAUGAACUGGGGCGAGUGUUCUCCGGUAUUGGCAGCGGUGUUGGUGGUGUCACCGCGGCUACUGGUGGCAGCGGACCAUCGACACCAUUGGGCUCUAGUCCUUUCAAGCGCGAUAGCCUCACAGGUCGCUCGAAUGGAGAGGGGGUGGAUGAGGCGUCUAAGCUAGCUCGACCAUCCUCUGCAGCCGGCAGACGGUCGAGAAAGUCCCGCGAUGAGGAACAGAUGGAACUUGAGGCCAAUGAUGCCCGAGGGAUACUAUCAGCACGUAACGCCCGUCGCUCUCGGCAUUCCCACCACCAUCACCAUCACCACCACCAUCAUCGCCACAAGGCAGACGAAGAGGCGGCUACCCUGAGCUCCCUUCAACGUCCUACCUUCUUCCAUCGAACAUCUCCAGCGGAUCCUUCCGCCCACCAUCACCACCCACAUCACCAUCACCAUCAUCACCAUGUUCCUCGACCAGCCGCCAUUCCGGCUGCAUCGCCUAUCCGCGAGCCCCGUACUACGGUGAACCUGGAGCCGUUGCUUUCUAGCGUGGCCCAUCUUCCUCGGCACCACCUUGGCUCAACGCUCUACACGCCUCGCAUCGGUACCCCUACUGCCAAGUCCUCUUUGGAUAGCUCCAAGUUUGGAUAUACAACAACCCCCCAGCCCCUUCCCCGCUUCGAACAGCGAGAGAAUUGCACAUUUACCGUCCGAGUUCCCCGCUUUCGAAUCAAUCAAUCUCACCGAGAGGAAAUUUGCGCCCGGCGCGCCCUCUGGGGCACCGGUGUUUACACAGACGACUCGGACCCUGUCGCCGCUGCCAUCCACUCUGGCUUCAUUCGCGGUGCGUGGGGUGACGACGUGGAUGAGUCAAUGCUCGAUCUGGAGAUUAAAGAUACCUACCAUCACGCACCGCCACCCGAAGCCACUCCCGACGGUACCUCCCCCACGAAGGGCCCACGCCUACCCCCGAUACCCCCGACCGACAAGGAUUUGCACAUCACUCUGCUAGUUCUUCCCCGCGUGGCGCAGUAUGACAGCACUCUCCUGUUCGGGCUGAAGUCCCGCAAAUGGGACGGUCGUCACGAUGGCAUGAGCUUCAAGGUCCAUGCGGUGGACUGGGUGGACGAGGGCGUUGCGCGUGGCGAAGAGCGCAGUGGCGAGGCCCGUCGCAAACGUCUCCGCACGCUUAUGCAGACCGGUCGCAUCUGUACCGGGCCUGCCAUGGCUAAAAUGGAUGAACUACGUCGCAGUAGGGUGCAGGUACCUCGAGCGAUUGAUGGGCAGGAUCAACCGGCAGCCGUUGAGCCAGUCUCGUAA